CAAAGUGUCAACGGUCGAAUUUCAUUGUGGAAAGAGAGAGAGAUGAGGAAGAGAAAGGGUGCAAGAUCUGAAGCCUCAAAAACCCUCAUCAAUUCUGCAUCUGGGGUAGAAGAAGUGCAACUACAACACAAUAACGAAAACGAAGGUUCUGAAGGAGAUGGGUUCUUCGCUUGCUACCUCUUAGCCUCUGUCAAUCCCCGUUACAAAGGCCACACUUACAUCGGAUUUACAGUGAAUCCGCGGCGCCGGAUAAGGCAACACAAUGGAGAAAUUGGGUGUGGAGCUUGGAGAACGAAGAAGAGGAGACCUUGGGAGAUGGUUUUGUGUAUCUAUGGCUUCCCAACAAACGUAUCUGCACUUCAGUUUGAAUGGGCUUGGCAGCACCCUGUUGAAUCAUUGGCUGUAAGGAAGGCAGCUGUUGGUUUUAAAUCCCUCUCAGGAAUUGCCAAUAAGAUUAAACUUGCAUACACAAUGCUCACCCUUCCAUCCUGGCAGAGCAUGAAUAUCACAGUGAACUUCUUCUCCACCAAGUACAUGAAACAUUGUGCUGGUUGCCCAAGCUUGCCAGAGCACAUGAAGAUCGAGAUUGGCUCAAUGGAUGAACUUCCAUGUUACACCGAAAGAGUCGAUGGUUUAUCAGAGAAUGACGAUGAUAAUAUUGAUGAAGUGGAAUUUGAUAACAAUGCUAGUACUAGUGGUUCUGUUCCAGAUGCAAGUGAUGAUUCUAUCCCUCCUGAUUCCCCAAAAAAUCCAAAUCAUGGGGACAAAAUUAGUGAAUCAUUUGGGUGGAACAAAGAAUCUGAAGCAAGAGAACCACCCGAUCAUUCAUUUGCUUCACAAGAGCAGAGCCAAACAUUUGGUUCUAUCACAUCGCCAAUGGUGAAAUCAUCAUCAGCAAGUUCAUUAAAAAGAGUAGAGAUUAUUGAAGACACAUGCUUUAUGAGUGUGAUGAAUAAGAGUAGUGCUGAAUUGAGUCGACCUGAAUCUGAAAAAUCAGGUGCUGUAUCAGCCGCCAACAAAAAUGGAAAUGUCAGUAGCACAUUUGUUGUGCCCCAUGAAGCUGAGAUAAUUGAUUUGUCUACCCCUUCUCCUAGCUGCAGAAGUGUUUUAGAUAGGAAGAAGAGAAGAGUCUCCUCCUCUGUUGUUGCUGAUUUAAUUGACCUAACAAAGUCCCCAAACUUUGUCCAAUUGUAACACACUAAUGUGGUCAGAAAACAUUAUUAGUUGUUAAAUAAUCUGGCCUGUCACACCCCGUUGUCAUUCUCUGAUGGCAUAUAGAUAACACAGUGCAGCUAUUUACAGGUCACCAAUGAAUGUAAUAAGAAUAGAGAAAUCUGAACAAAUAUAAGUUUAGUUUUGUUUCUUU